AUGGUGGACACAGAUUAUAAGAAAGCGAGUACCUCGCCUUGGGGAGCACAUGUUCUUUUUGUAAAGAAGAAGGAUGAGACACUUCGAUUGUUUAUCAACUAUCAAGAGCUUAAUAAGCCAUAUAAGGAAGAACAUGAGAAGCAUUUAAGAAUAAUUCUUCAAAUCCUUAUAGGCAAGAAAUUGUACGCUAAAUUGAAGAAAUGUGAAUUCUGGUUGCAUGAAGUAGUAUUCUUGGGGCAUGUAAUUAAUAAAGAGGGUGUUUCUGUUGACCUACAAAAGAUAGAAGCUAUUGUGAACUGGCCCACUCCUACUAGUGUUAUAGAAGUGCGUAGUUUCUUAGGUUUAGCAGGUUACUACGGAAGAUUUGUGAAAGAUUUUUCCAAGAUUGCAGUAUCGCUUACCUAA